CCCUGACAUAGACCGCACAAAGAGAGAGAGAGAGAGAGAUAGUGGAAGCCAGGAGAUACAGCCAGCUGAAGCAUCCCUGUUUCCUUGGACAAACAUCUCGGACGCAAGACCAGACCUUGGGACUGAUCGACAAGACUCCAUUGGGGGCGAUAAACCUGAGACAGAUCUUCCAAACAGCAGAGAAGAUGCCAAUCUGUAACGUCCUGGAGAAGUGUAAUGGUGUGGUGGUGGGAGCUGAGCUGACCUGCAGUGUACGGGAGGAGAACAAGGCUCAGAGGGAGAGCUACAGUGCUGACUGGAACAGUGUCAGUCUCAAGACUCGACCUCAGGAAAGGCAGACAAUGAACAUGAACGAUGACUCUCGCAGGGAGACUCUGUCCCGACAGUGGCAGGCACGUUCGCUGAUACAGACCUGCCCCUCUGGUGUCUUCAGAGUGGGCACCGUUGAAAGAGGGGUGAGGGAGCACCAGCUGCUGCCGAAGAGAAACACCCUCCCCUUGCCCAUCUUCACCCCCACAGAGCUGGGCGUCAGGCUCGGGCGCGGGGCCCCGCACACCGAGGAGGACCUGCAGCCCUUCCCCACUCCAGAUGGAGUCUGUCCCAGCAAGAGGACCGUGGACGAGAUCACAAGAGAUCUUCCCCCAGUCAAGCCGACCCUCAUGGAAUUCGCCAAAGCACCCAAAGCCCUGGGUCGCUCCAUGUCCCUGGAGGCUCAGAGAGGGUGAAAAACAAAAGGACAAAAAGAGAGAGAGGAUGUUAGGGAGAGAUGAGAAGGAUGAGAGAUGGAGAAGGAUAGUCAUUGAGCAGAGCAUGUCAGGAAAGAGCAUGACAAGAUGUAUAUAGAUUUAUCUCUAGUGACAUUCAUCAUAAACCCUACAUACUGUAGAUUUUUAGCACUGUCUGUGUUUCUUGGCGAGCACAGCACCAGGUAAAUGUCACGCUUUGUCACUGUUGGCAUUUGGGUGGUCAGUGGUAUUAAAAAUGGUUACAUGAAGGCAUUCGCAUCGUGAUGGAGAGUCAGGGUGUGUGUUCUCAGCUGUGCCGUGGGUUAGUCUCUGCCUGUGCUGGCCGGCUGGGCUCACCAUAUCUGCUGAUCUCUCACUGGAAACACUGUGACCCAACUGUUGCAUGCAAUGGUGCACCUUAGCCGUGCUGCAUGCACUUCCAUUGGACUUUCUUCUGUAUUGAAAUGUGCCAGUAAGGGAAAUGAAAGUGUUCUUGUGGUCACCUGACUUGUGGAUUCUACCUGUAAUAGGGGGUGAAGGAGUGCAAUGAUGCAGAAAGUGACAGAUAGAAAAUGACAUGCAAAAGGCAGAAGCAAGUAGCAAACUGUAAAGAGGGAUGGAAAAAAGGGAGAGGGAGUCAGGGGGGAAGGGGAGGGGUGAGGGCUCGGGGAACAUGCCUUGGUCAGCAUCCAGGCCUCCAGAAGCCCUUGACAGUCUCUGAUCUCUGUGAAGAGUACAGAAUGCGCCAGUGUGAUCACACACUGCAGCUGUACAUAUGUGUGUGUGUGUCCUUCUCCGUGUGUGUGUGUGUGCCCCAGCUGACACCUCUAAUCAAGAGGACUUAGGAAAACUGAUAACCUGUUAUUUACUGUGUAUUAACUGAUCUGCCUUGUUCGUUGAGUGGCAGCUCAUGUUCAUAUCUGAUAGAGGAACAGACACUGUAGUAGCUGAGAAUACCUAGUGGUGUAAAUGAAUUUGAAAUUGAGUGCAAUAAUGUUGAAAUAUUUAUCCUAGAUAUUUAUUAUUUUUACAAAUAAAAGCUAUGUUGCUCAA